UUCCAUUAAGAAGCCUUUCGCUUUCACUAGCCAGAAAUUGUCAAUGGCAAACUUUAAUCUACGGCGCAGAGGCAAGGCUGAUGAUAUCUACGGUGGUAAAUUAAACAAGGAAGAUGUUUAGGGUUUGUAUAAAUAUGGGGUUUUGGAUUUCUUUUUUUUUUGGAUUUUCUCUUCAGAUCUAGUUUUUCUGUCUUUCUGUUCGUGGGUAAGAACAGGGAAGAAGAAGAAGAACUGCAACCAUUCUAGUUAGCAAGCAAUGGAGUCUAGUGACAUUUCUGUGGAGAUUGAUGAGCUGCCACUUCAAAAUCCAACUUUGGAAUCACUGGCAAAGAAGGACACUGGUGAUAACAAUGAGGUUGUGAGGUGCUCCUCGAAUGCUUCCUUACAACACCCUCAAAGACCAUUUCAGAGACAAAAUAGCUUGUUAAAGGUUAAGACUAAGUCAAGGUUGAUGGACCAUACAGUUGGAAAAUUUGGGGAUGAAGAGGAGGAGGAGGAUCAGUUAGUCGAAGAAGACUUACCUCAAGGUAUGAAGAAGGAGAGAAAAAGUCAAUGGGUUUUGCUCCAAUGGAUGGGUUUUAUUUUGAUAACUCUAGCUUUGAUUUCUACCCUUACACUUCCAAGUUUAAGAAAGAAUACUCUAUGGAUACUUGACUUAUGGAAGUGGGAAAUCUUGGUUUUGGUAGUUAUAUCCGGAAGGUUGAUAUCUGGUUGGAUUGUUAGAAUAAUAGUGUUUUUCAUUGAGAAGAACUUUCUGUUGAGGAAAAGAGUUCUUUAUUUUGUUUAUGCAUUGAGGAACAUAGUUCAAAAUAGUUUGUGGAUGGUUAUGAUUUUCAUUGUUUGGCAGUACUUGUUUGAUAAGAAGGUUGUGAAGGAAACCGAUGGUAAGAUUGUUAGACUUGUUACUAAGGUUUUAGUUUGUGUUGUGGUGAGUCUGAUGUUUUGGCUUGUGAAGACACUAUUGGUGAAGGUGCUUGCAUCUUCAUUUCAUAAGAGCACAUACUUUGAUAGAAUCCUAGAUUCUUUAUUUAAUCAGUAUGUGAUUGAAGCACUUCCAGGGCCACCUAAGAACCAAAAAAUAGAGGAAGAAGGGAAGGGAAUUGUAGGGAGUGGAAAAAUGAGGAAAUGUCCACAAGAUAAAACCAGUACACUUUUCUGCUCAACUUCUAGGAAAGGACAUAAAAAAAGUUGGGGCAUAAGCAUUGAUGAGCUUCACCAAAUGAAUCCCAAGAAUAUUUCUGCUUGGAAUAUGCAGAGGCUGAUGAAUAUAAUUCAGCAUGGUCCACUUUCUACCUUGGACAAGCAGAUAGAAGAUAGCAAGUCAACUGAAAUUAAAACUGAAAAUGAGGCAAAAAACGCAGCAAAAAUGAUAUUUGACAAUGUUGCUAAGCCUGGAUUUGGGCACAUUGACUUAGAGGACAUUGAGAGAUUUAUGGGAGAAGAUGAGGCGGUGAAGACCAUGAGUCUGUUUGAAAAAGGAUCUGAAAGCAAGAAAAUUAGCAAAUCAGCCAUGAAGAAUUGGGUGGUUAAUGCUUUUAGAGAACGGAGGGCACUUUCCUUGACAUUGAAUGAUACCAAGAGAGCUCUUGAAAAACUUCAUUGGGUGGUAAAUGUCUUUGUCAUUAUCAUCAUAGCAGUCAUAAGUCUCCUUAUGCUAGGAAUAACAACCGAGGAAGUCCUACUCGUGGCUAGCACCCAAGUUCUUUUGCUUGCUUUCAUAUUUAGAGACACUUUGAAGCCAAUAAUUCAAUCAAUUGUUAAUGCUUUUAGAGAAUGGAGGGCACUUUCCUUGACACUGAAUGAUACCAAGAAAGCUAUUGAAAGACUUCAUUGGGUGGUAAAUGUCUUUGUCAUUAUCAUCAUAGUAGUCAUAAGUCUCCUUAUGCUAGGAAUAACAACCGAGGAAGUCCUACUCGUGGCUAGCACCCAAGUUCUUUUGCUUGCUUUCAUAUUUAGAGACACUUUGAAGCCAAUAAUUCAAUCAAUUGUCUUCAUAUUUAUAACACACCCAUUCGAUGUUGGUGACCGUUGUCAGAUUGAUGGUGUUCAGAUGGUAGUAGAAGAAAUUGGCAUCUUGAACACUAUUUUCUUGGGACACGACAACGAGAAGAUCAUGAUCCCAAAUAGUGUCCUUGCUAGUAAAGCCAUCUGUAACUUUUAUUUAAGCCCAGACAUGGGAGAUGAAAUUGAGUUUUGUGUCCACAUAGCUACUCCAGUGGAAAAGAUUGAUCUGAUGAAACAAAAGAUACUAAGUUCAAUAAAGAAUAAUAAGAAACAUUGGUAUCCAGAGACAAAGAUGGUCUGCAUGGAUAUUGAAGACUUGAAUAAGCGGAGGUUUAAUGUCUCUCUCAAACACAAAAUGAACUAUCAAAACAUAGAAGAGAGGGAGAAUAGAAGAUCACAUUUGCUGGAUGAGAUUACUAACAUUUUAAUGGAACUGGAAAUAAUUCAGUUGCCUUAGGAAUACGAUGGUUUUUUUAUAUAAUUAUGGUUUACAUUUCAAAUUUAGUUUUGUAUUCAAUAUGAUUAGUAAUUCGGCAAGCAUAUGAUUAUUAGUUAUCCACUUGUUCUUCCUUUGAUUGUUAUGAUUUCUCACUAGUUUGACUGCCAUUCAGUUCUUAA